AUGACCGAAUCCACGCAUCUCGAGGCACCGGUAGUGGUGGUUGGAGCUGGGCCAGUUGGCAUGCUCUUUGCGCUCAGGCUGGCACAACUUGGAGCUUCAAGCCUUCUCGUAGAGCAAAAUGAGGAUACAAUUCGUAUGCCAAAAAUGGACGUAACAAAUAUCAGAUCCAUGGAAAUCUUGAGAUUCAUGGGUCUUGCGGAUGAGUAUCGUCGACUCGGACCAAAAGAGGAGCUGCCGGACUGGGUGACCCCUUUCACCACUGGGAUGGGGGAAACAGGACAUCAUCUGUUUACUUGGCCUUUAGACGGAAACAAGACCUGGAGAAAACGAAUUAUGACUACGAACGAUGGAACUCAGCCUGUUGAGCCACCAUUGAGAAGCUCUCAGAUUAUUCUCGAGGCAUUUCUGAAGCGGAAAUGUUUGGAUGAACCGCUUAUUACGAGUAGAUUCGGGUGGAAAUUCGAGUCGCUCAGUGAGGAUGACACCGGCGUGACUAGCAAAUUUGUGUCGUUGGAUGGUACAGAACAUACAAUCAAAAGUCAAUAUCUCGUCGGAAGCGACGGCGCACGAAGUGCUGUCCGCAAAAGCGCUGGGAUUCAGACAUCAGGCUAUAAUUUCCCUGCAAAGUUAUUCAUGACCUUCAUCCAAUCCGACGAACUUGCUGAGCGCCGCCAUUUCGGACAUUUCUGGCACGUUGUUACUCCAAAGGGAUUCCUUGUUGAUACAAAUGCGGGCAAUUUGUUUGCGAGCCACCAUAUCUUCGGUGAAAACGAGGAUACAAGCAAUUUAGAUCCAGUGGAAGUGGCGCAAGCUAACCUCGGCGGCAUUGGCGAACCCUGGAAAUUCAAAAUCGAUAAGGUCCUGGCUCAUUCGGUCUGGCAGCCGAGAUUCCGCUGCGCAAAUUCGCUAUCAACCCCAUCAGGCAAGAUAUUUCUUGUGGGUGAUGCUGCCCAUGCAGUCCCUCCUCAUGGAGGGCACUCUCUCAAUACCGGAAUAUUGGGCAUGUGGAAUCUCUCUUGGAAACUUGCAGCCGUAUUGAAUGGAUUUAGUGGAAGCAAAUUGCUUGAAUCCUACAACACUGAGAUGCGGCCUAUUGCUAUGGAGAUUAUAGAGGCGGUUGGUGGCCACAUUAGUCGCCAGAUGUCAUACUCUGAUCUAGUCGCGGAGAAUUUGGAAGUCAUUGACAAAGAAACUCCCGAAGGUGAAGCUAUUCGCGCAAAAAUCGGUGCAAUGAUUAGAGACAUUGGUAAUCAUGGCAAAUUCUUUGGACGAGAACUUGACCAGCGGCUCAAAUCCGACAUUAUUGUCCAAGAUUCUGAUAAGUCCGCCGAACCGAGAUGGAAUCCGCUACAGUACACGCCGUCCACAUGGCCGGGAGCUCGAGCUCCCCAUGUCUGGCUGAAAGAUGGCCCUACCCCAAUUUUUGAUCAUUAUGGGUUGUGGUGGACUCUUAUGGCAUUUCAAAAGUCUGAGCAGAUUAAUCAUGCUGUUUCAGAAUCCUUCAAGAAGGCCACAGACAUGGUUGGUUUGCCAUUGAAGACUGUUGAGCUCAUCGAUGAACAUCAUGCGCGAAAGAUCUGGGGCAAAGAUUUCGUCCUCGUACGUCCAGAUGGACAUGUUGCGUGGCGCUCAGAUGACACACCUUCAGUCCAACAGAUUGUGGAUAUUAUGGAAGUCGUUUCUGGGAGGAAAUCGUCCCUAACAAAUGGUCAUACGAAUGGCCAUACCUAG